GCUCGUCGAAGAUGGUUCUGCAGAUCGGACUCAGCGCCCUCGCCAAAGUGCUCAGGCCGUACCCUUCGCUGCUGCCUGCGUAUGUCUCGGUCCUGCUCAAGCAUCCAGCAAACUUCCGGUCACGGCUAUUGGAGCGACAUUCGCAGGCCAUGUACGGAACUGCUCCCUCGCGACGGAAGCGCUACGUCAUGGGGACUUCUUGCCGCGUGUAUGAGGAGUGCUGCAUCUCCGAACACUGGCCUGCGGUUGAAGUGGCAAGGACCCUGGCCGAGCAGUGCGCGGCAGAGAGCCUGCCCCAUUUUGAGCCGGAACAUCUGGAGGUUCUGACUUCAUGCCUGCCGCCGCCGGAGGUCGACAUCGACAACGAUUGGCUCGCGGUCUUUGAGAAGGUCAAGAACUACGUCUUUGUGGCUGCUUUAGAUCCAGUCCUCCACAUGGGAGCAGUGGAUGUCAUUCGCAGAUUCUGGCUUUGCCGUCCACAGUCUAUAGCAUUGAG